AAAAAGGGAAAACGUCAUUUGCUCGCGUGCGCUCGUGGAAUAUGUAUAUAUAUGUGUGUGUGAGGAAAGCUAAUGGCUAACUGUGAGGUAUUUUAGCUCCGCGCGUUUGCUGAGUAUUCCUGUGUGAUUAAAGAUGGACGCGCUGGCGAUAGUGCUAGACGAGGUGGCUUUAGAGGGUCUGGACGGUAUAACCGCGAGCUCUCUGUGGCUCCGGCUGGAGAGCAGGCAGCCGCCUUUCCCCCUGACUGUGGACGCCAUGACCCGGGAGUUUGUGUGGAGGUUUCUGGUGUCCAGUGCGGAUGAGGUGUCCUUUUCCCUGCUCCCUCAGGACAGACCGCCCGUCACCAUAUACGACCGGUUUCUGGAGCUCGACCCGGAGACGGGGAUCCAGGAGCUGAGGGGCGUGCUACAGAAGAACGAUGACGUUUACCCUGCCAGUGUGGUGCAGGACGACCCGGGGGGCAUCCAGGGGUCAUGUCUCUAUUACAGAGAGAGGAAGAACAUAAACAACCUCAUCAGGACAGAAACACACACACCCCGCCUCACGCUGCAAGAAGCACACACAAAGUGGGGGGAGAAGCUGGUGAUUGUGGCAAGUCAGCAGGUGAGAAACCGAGCUCUGAUUGGCUGUGAGGGAAAUCCGGAGCUGAAGCUGAGUGACCUGUCGUACUGCAUCUUGGAGAGACUGGGACGAGCUCGCUGGCAGGGGGAGUUACAGAGAGACUUACACACCACAGCAUUCAAGCUCGACUCGGGGAAAAUCCAUUACCUGCGUAAAUCUCUGGAUAGAAAUGGUCUGAUCACCAUGCAGUCACACGUCGUUCGUCUGCCGUCAGGAGCUCAGCAGCACUCCAUCCUACUGCUGCUCAAACGCUUCCAUGUGGACAGAAGGAGUAAAUAUGACAUCCUGAUGGAGGUGACGUCCAACAUCCUGUCUGAGCUCCCCAACAACAUCGGCAUCAUGCUCAAACUGCGGGACCAGCUGCGCAUCUGUGAGCGGACGUUUAAGAAGAUGUAUCAGCACAUGCUGGCUGCUAAGAUGGUGAGCAUGAUAACACUUCCACUACAGGAACUCAACCCAGACGCUGGACCCUGCAAGACCAAGAAAGGUACAGACAUCACCGUUCGCUGUCUGAAACUUUUGAAGCCAUAUAGAAGAAAUCAGAUAGAUGAUGACGAUGAUGAUGAGAAUAAUGAUGAAGAUGGGGAUGUCUCUGUUAAGAGGGAAGUCCAGGCUCGUGAUAUUGAGCGAGAUCUUCUGUCUCAGGCGUAUGAUAUUGUGGUGACGACAGGACCUAAAGGGAUUUCCAGCACAAUGUUAAGGGGACGACUAAACAUCGGCAAACUGGAGAGCCGCAUGAUCUGUAGAGUUCUGGAGAGAAACCAAAUGAUUAAGGGUUUUAUGGAGGAUGAGGGGAGACAGCGUACCACGAAGUUCAUCAGUAAACUUUUUGUAGAGAAAAGCAAACUGAACCUGGACUACACGAAAGAGAAAGAACGCAGUGAGAAACUCCGAGCACCACAGGAGGGGACACCCACUCUUGGAUGCGACGCUGAGGUAGACCCCCAGGAAGAGGUUCCUGCCAAAGGUCAAAUGCCAAAGGGCAAACGUAGCAGGAAGUCCAAAUCUGCACCGAAAAGACAACAGAAGAAAGUUUCCACAUCACCAUUGAGACAUUCUACGCCCCUGAGGAAGAAGCGGCCUGCUCCUCCCAGAGUGAAGGGUAAGUCCUCCCAGGGAGCAGAACUUAGUGAAGUGGAAGAGAGAGAUGAUUCACUUGUGAACCAGGAUGUUACUUCUGACCACACCCUCAGCAUCGACAACGACCAAUUCCAAAAAGGCGAGGAGAGUGUGCCGGUGUUUGAAGAAUUCGGUGCUAAUCAGGAGUCAAGUUCAAUAAAAAAAAGAAAACCUGAAUUUCAUCAGACGUAUCGUCUGCUCAGGCGAAAGAACAUUAUUAUAGAAGUUGUACGCAACCUGAAGGUCAUUGAGGGGUUUUACACGUUGCAGAAGAAGCUGAUGGAUGAGGAAAAGAUGGAGGGCGUGAACACUAAAGUGUGUAAGAAAAGCGUCCUGAGGGUGACUCGCGCUCUUGCUAGAGAAGGCUUCCUCAAACUGUUUAGAACAACAGUAAUACAGGACGGAGUUACCAAGAAGGUGGAGUUUAUUGUUCAUCCCUCCGUCACUCCAGAUGACCCGUUAGUAAGAAGCGCUAUAGAGCAGGUCCGGUUCAAGAUUUCCAGUUCCUACACAGUGCACCGGAUGAGAAGUGAGGAGGAUAAGGCGAAGGCUCUCUCUCAGGACGUGAAUAAAGCCAAGCCUAAUGUUGGCGUUGUCAGUUAUCAGGGAAAGACGGAGGAGAAGAUGGGAGUGAAGGAGCUGAAGGGCUUCAAACCCAGUAUAGUCCCAGGACUGAGUCGCUCUCUGGGUUACCAGCCAAAGAUGCCCCGUCUCCGUAUGGUCCAAACGUUCCUGUGGUAUCUGAUCUACGGUCACCCUCUAAACACAUCCCACCUGAAUGAGCCCAGUGUCCCGACUGUGACCCCUGAUGUAGAGGUCACCCCCAGUGCACAGGACAUCCCUCAGUCCCCGAACACAGUGCUGGAGCACGAGAGUGCUGACUCAGCGCCACCUGAACACCAGCAGUUCACAGUGUAUGCUAAUGAGCUGAGUUGGAAGCGGUUUGUUCCUCCGUUGCCGGUUCACAGAGAGUACAGUUACGGUUGGGCUUUAAUCAGUGAUGUGCUCAUCUCUCUACCUCUCAGUGUGUAUGUGCUUAUCAUCCAGAUCAGCUUCAAGGUGGAUGGUUUGGAGGAGUACCUGAGUGACCCAGUGAAGCAGCAUUACCUCAUCAGGUUCCUCCCAUCUAGCAUCAAAACACGGCUGCUGCACCGACGGAAAUACUUUUUCAGUUUCUAUGAGAGUUUACAGAAGCUGUGCUACAUAGGCCUUCUACAGUUCGGGCCCACUGAGAAGUUCAUGGACAAAGAUCAGGGCUUUUUUUUCCUGAAGAGACAUGCGAACAUUUUGGACACGACAGUGUGUGAGCCGCACUAUAACCUGGCUAUAGAGACACGGCCGUUUGAGAAACGUCAUUACACCUUUAACACACUGCAGGAUGUGGACAACUACUGGUUCGAUCUGAUGUGUGUGUGUCUCAACACUCCGCUAGGCGUGAUUCGUUCUCGUAACCGUAAUGGUGAGGGUGAUGCCGAGAGAGAAGAGGCGGAGCCUGAGGUUACUGUGGGAACAGUACGUUAUGAGAGGCUGCAGUACACACUCAAAGGGAGCACUGAGGUCGUCGAUGAUGGCGUAACCCCAGGCGAUGGGCAGGGGGCGGGAGGAUUAGACUCCUCCUUCUUCAGUCACCUGAAACGUAACUGGCUCUGGACCACUUACCUGCUACCCAAGAAGCCUGGAGACAGUCAGACUGUGCGUCUGAGGAACCUGCUGUCCAAACACCCCUUCCCCAAAUCUGUGUGCACAGUGUUUCAGGGUGGUGGUCCUCUGCCUACCCCUGCUGUUCUGGAGGAGGAGGUGCAGGUCGGAGUGGAACCGAGCUCGAGGAACCAACAGGUGCGUGGAGGAAAGAGACAAAAACGCAAGAGGCAGAAGAAGGAAAUAAUCAAACCACCGAAAAAGAAGAAGAAAUUGAAGACGCGGAGCAUGUGUCAGGAUGAGACGGAUCGUAAAGCUCUGAUGAGAAUGACGAGACAGAGAGUGAUGUGGACUCAUCUGGAGGACAGCAUCCUGAUGUUGUGUAGAGUCGCCAGUCACUUCCUCAACUGCAAGAUUAAGAAGCCAUUUGUGACGUGGAACGUGGUGCGUGAUAUUCUGCACAGAGACCUGGAACUGUCUCUGGAUAAAACGUCUCUAUCAGUCAGCCGACGUUCACGCUACAUCAUGAAGAACCCUCAGACCCACCUGAACUACAGGAUCUGCUUGGCUGAAGUGUAUCAGGAUAAAGCUUUGGUUGAGCAGUUCAUGAACAGAACCAACAACUACACGGAUCCCACGGUGUGUGCUGAGGAGUUUAAUGAGUUUGUAAGUGCUCUGAGGAUGAAGUUCAGCUCCAGCUGUGGUUCUAGUGAAGUUGUUCUUCCAGACACCAAAGAGGAACUUUUCAACAAGUUUAAAGUUUACACUAUUGGGGAUGAAUCAGCAUGGACCAAAGACGUACUGAACAGUGUGGAGGAUAUUCACACUCUGGUGCUGAACAAUCUGAUCCAGAGCACACUCGUCCUCUCCAACAUGCAGGUGAAGUCCUGCCGGGCCUUUCAGUCUUUCUCUCUCUACAGUAAAUAUAAUCAGGAAGUCUUACAGCAGGUCUUCCUCAGCUGUAAGAAACGAGGUCUGGUGAACCGUCGCCGUGCCAACAGGGCCCUUGGGCCCAGAAAGAACCGAGCUGUGCCCUGCCUGCCCAUGUCCUAUCAGCUAUCUCAGCAUUACUACAGGUAUUUCUCCUGGCGUUUCCCGAGUACGCUGUAUAAUGAUGUGUAUGAUCUGCUGGAGGCUCUGGGUCAGAAAGGACCAGUGGACCGACCCAACACCUUCUCCUUCCAGAGAGAGAAAGUGAAGGAUGAGGGUGAACAGCAGAGUGGAGGAGGAGGAAUGGAGGAUGAGGACAAGUGUCUGGCGCCCCCUGCUGAUGUGGAGGACAUGCUGGUGUUCCCCAUGGACUCUGCAGGAGGAGCGACGGCGUGCUGUCUCACAUUACUGACCCUGGGCCUGAUGAGUGUGGACAUCUCCGUCCCACAGCAGAUCGUCGUAGUGGACAGCACACUGGUGGACAACGAGGUGGUCAAGAGUAUCACUAAAGAGCUGGAGGAGGAGGAGGAGGAGGGCGGUGCUCGGUUUGAGGUGAAGGCUCACCAGGCGUCUCACACUAAUUACCUGCUGAUGAAGGGAUACUUCGUCCCAGGAAUCAUCAGCCUGAGGAACGCCACGUCUACUGAACACAUCGCAGUCAACGCCUGCAGCCUGUGCAUCCGCCUGCGCAACACACGCACACACUCCCUGUUUACACAGAGCGACAGUGCAGUCUUUUCCACUCCCACUCUUCCCUCCUCCAUCUCUCGUAUAAUUGAUCGGCAGCGCAUGGGUGGGAGGAGCCUGGAAGAAUGUGUGUCCAUUUUGGGUUACAACCGUGCAGACGUGGAGGCUGUACAGGAGGUCAUGGUUUCUGUGGCAGCGGGGGAGGAGUUUGGCAUCGACCUGCAGGAUUUGUACAGGAAAUGCAUACACCUGGAACAGGUGGAGAAGGGGCGGGGCAAAACAUUGCAGCAGUACAUCCAGGACCUGUUAGACUGUGAGAAGGUGUUGGAGGUGGGCGCUCUCUCUCCACGAUUGGUCUGUAUGGACUUCGCUGGUCCAUGGCUGUUGCAGUGCCCCAAAGUGUCUGAAGGGCCAUGUCCCCUCCCCCAAGAUGCCCCACCCACCACCACUGACAUCACUCCAGAAGCACCACCCUCUGCCUCACAUCUCACUCCUGAAGCACUGCUUACUUCUCCCAAACUGCCACUAAAGAGACGGUUAGAUCAGCUGGACGAUGGUGUUGACGUUCCUCCUGUCAAGAGACCCAACAUGGAGACUGUUGCUAUGGAGACGGGGGAAUCCGGUGCAGAAGAGGACAGGGUUAAAGCAUCUCUUCCGGAUCCACCCACUUCUGAUAAAGAGGAAGUGGUGCACAAUGAAGACACACUGACUGCGCAUUCAAAUAAGGAGAAAAGCAUGACACAGACCCAAGGUGGAGAGAAUACAGAGAGCGUGGAGGAGGAGGAAGAGGAUGUGUUGAGUUUUGUCGCUCGUCCGUGGCGUGUUGUGGACGGGUCUCUGAACAGGCCUGUGUGUAAGGGGAUGUUAGAGGCACUGCUCUUACACAUCAUGACACACCCUGGUGUUCCAGAACCGGCACUGCUGCAGCAUUACAGUGGAGUCCUGCAGCCCGUGGUCAUCAUGGAUCUGCUAAAAGUUCUUGAAGAGUUGGGGUGUGUGAUAAAGCGCUUUAUAGUUAAUCGGCCCAAAGCGUCUCUGUUUUCUCGCCCUGCCAUUCCCAAGGUCAAAGGUCACGGAGAGGUCAGUGUAUUGGAGGAUGUGGUGGCGUUUUACGAGCCCACAGUGGACUGCAGUUUAAGACUCUCUAAACUCUUCCCUCAUGAGUCCUGCUGGAACAGAUGGGUGCAGCUGUGUGCACACUGAAAACACUCUCAGUUCAGCGUGAGUGUUUUUACUGAACUUGAUUAAAGCUGUGUGUGUUUUUCUGUACAUUAAGGCAGUUUUGUUUGUGUACAGGAUUCUGAAUGAACACUGAUCGUAUUUUUGAUGUGUUUUUUCGCUCUCCUCCAUCAUUCCUGUUUACGUGGUUUAGCAGAGCAUGGCAGUGGAUUUUUUUUUUUUCUCCCCCCCAAUAAACCUUUUAUAUUUAUUUUAAACCGUUUGGGAUUAAAGUGUGAAACUUUGCUGAUGGAAUGUUGGAGAACUGAAAUUCUCCCAGCUGAUGAUCUCGUGAUGUUUCAGUUUAGCUUCGACUCCCUGGAACUGGGGAUAACUUACAGUGCUGAUUUACACUCAAGUCGUCUUGUGCUCCUGUUUAAGUCUGGACCUCCUCUACCUGUGGUGUCAGUGUGAAGAAGUUUGGAGAAAGUCUGACUUUUGCAUCUCCCCCAAAUUCACAUGGUGGGUUCAGGAAGUCGAGACUUGGGCAGAAGUUUGGUGUCCUGUUGUGCGUCAAAGCUGAGAGAUAUCUCUGAAUUUUUCCAGUCAGUAUGUUGGAAAAAUUCAGGUUUUGGAGACACACACACUGGUUAUACUAUGUAUAAAAUAAUGAUCUGUUGAUCAAAAUUUGAAUGAAACAUGAUCAGUUACACUGGUCCAUAAUUAAGUUAUUCCAUGAAACCGAGUCGUACGUGAGCUGAUAGGCGACGAGGCGCAUAGCACUGAGAUUGAGUGGAAUAACGGUUUUAUUCUCUCCACAUUCACUGGGUUUUGAGAAACAGAGCAUUUUUAUUCUUUGCAAAUUCAAUAAAUAAAAACUUUAUACAAAACUUCUAACAAAAUCAUUUCCGCUUAGAAUGUAAGGAAACCAGUGAAAUAACAGGAGCAAUUUGUGAAAAAAUGCAAUAAUUCUUGAAAAAUAAAGAUACUUUUAUUCCAUAUUUUGGGUUUUGUUUUUGAGUAGUUUUUCAUCCUCGGUUGAUUCAGCAACACUCCACCAUUUUGGUUUUUCUCUACUCACGGUACAUGAGCUGAUAUCCUAGUAGUCGAGUAGCCAAUCAGAGUGCGCGAUUGCUCAUAUCCAGUGAAUGUGGAGAGAAUACUUUGCAGUAUAUGUAAUACAUGAAAGUGGUGUUGAUUUACAGUGGAAGUGGGAAAGCUCAAUUAAAGUCCUGUUGAUCAUGUGA